AUGACGAUGCCUACCGCCGGGCUGAAGACAAUUAUCGCCCUUUCCUUUGUACUCGCUGUCGGCUUUCUCCUCGUGAUUUUGUCUUGCGCGCUAUGGAAGGUCUACUAUCCGCUCCUCGUCGUCGCGACCUACGUGCUAGCGCCGUUGCCGAACUGGAUUUGCGGGCGCUGCGCCAACCCUGAUGACUUCGUUGAGAGCUCUGGAUCGGCUAUUGUUGAUUUUGGCCGAUUCUGCACGGGCUUCCUGGUUGUCAUGGGUAUCGCUCUUCCCGUCGUCCUCGCCCACUCCAACUUGAUCGAGAUUGGCGCCAUGGUCAUGUCAAUUGCCGGCGGCCUGCUGAUCUACGGAACCAUCAUUAGCUUCAGCAUGUUCUUCCAGGAGGAGCAAGAGUUCUAA